AUGGGACUUUGCAGUAGUCUAGUGAUAAUCGGUAUGGCAUUGGGUUUAGGCUUGGGCAUCGGACUACAUGACAGCAACCAAAAUUUAACAGUCGUUAUGACAACAAGCUCAACAACAACAACAACAACAACGACUAUUUUAAACAUCAUAGCCAUCAUUAGUAUGAAUUCGACAACAUCCACAACAACGACAGGGACAACAACAACAAUAACAACAACAACAACAACAACAACAACAACAGCCAAUUAUGGUAGUGACACUAUCGGCGUGUUUCUUGGCAAUGGUGAUGGCACCUUCCAAAAUCAGGUGACUUAUGUAACUGGCUCGCGACCGGACACUAUAAUAACAGACGAUUUCAACAGUGAUAAUAUAUUGGAUCUUGUUGCACUAACUGGUGUUAUUAACGACGUCGAAGUGCGACUUGGCAAUGGUAAUGGAGUAUUUCAAACGGCGAAAAUUUUCAGUACAAGCUCAGUGUCAUCGUUUGUUACAUCAGGUGAUUUUAAUAGUGAUAAUAAAAAAGAUCUAGCGAUUACUGAUAGUUCCGGUGGAAGCGUUAUCAUUUUUCUGGGCAAAGGUGAUGGUACCUUUCAGAAGCAAGGAACGUCUGUGGUAGGUAGUAACCCAACAUUCGUCAUAGCUACGGAUUUCAAUAAAGACUCCAAAAUUGAUCUUGCUGUUACUAAUGCUGACAAUAACACUGUUAGCGUGCUACUUGGUAAUGAUAAUGGAAAUUUUCAGACUCAGGUAACAUAUUCGACAGGCUCGAGACCGACCUCUGUGAUAUCAAGUGAUUUUAACAAUGAUGGAAAUAUAGAUUUAGCCGUAGUUAAUCGGGAUAGUGAUAGUGUAAGUAUCCUACUUGGCAAUGGUAAUGGAACAUUUCAGAAUCAGAAAAUACCUUCGACAGAAACAACUCCGCUCAAUAUUCAAGUUGGUGAUCUCAACAAUGAUGGAAAUAUAGAUCUCGCUGUAGUUAACUCGGCUAGUAACAGUAUUAGUGUCCUUCUUGGAUAUGGCGAUGGUACAUUUCAAACUCAGAAGAUAUAUAAAACAGGCAACACUCCAUACGCUCUAGUACUGGACUAUUUUAAUAGCGAUGCAAAUUUGGAUCUUGUUGAGGUCAAUCGUGGUAGUAAUAGUAGUAACAUUUUUCUAAACACGUGUUCGUAG